AGGCGGACCCACGUGGAGAGGAGUGGGGUCUCCGGCCCCCGGUAAAUUCGGAAGAAAUUAUCGUUCCGCAUUCAAAACCUGAUUUACUACGAAGACCUGAUUUGCUGAUUCUGAGAAGCCUAUGCCCUUCUGAGCUAUGCUUUUCUCUCAUAUUCCAUUUUUUUAUUUAUGUCAGGUCCGCUUAUAUAUUGAAGCAAGAUAGUCUGCAUCCAUCUUACAGAUCCUUUCUCAACAAACAUGGUGGGAAAUCUCAGGUUAUCCUGCAGGGUGUGCGAGACCUGGCAUGUGGGAACUCUGUAGCCAAUUUGGAUGCGAUAGAGAAUCAUUACAAGUCUAAUGGUGUUGACAUUAAGCUGGAUCCACAAAUGAAAGUACCCUGCUCGGUAUGUCACAAUUUCUUGUUCCUUGGCAGGAAAAAUAGUUCAAAUAUGACUGCUGAGCUAAUGAAGACAAUGUGGUAUCUGGAAAUUUCUGUGUUUGUGGAAGAUGUGUUGUUCGUUGUUUUUCUUAUACUACCUAACAUAAUUUUAGCAAAGGGUCUUCUUGGUACGGCAAGGUCGAGUCUAUUUCUCUCCGUGUAUUGUUCAUCUGCCUGGUUAUGGACAUGCCUCCUCUUCAGGCUGUUCAAGAGAUGUAACAUUCCCAUGGUGGCACUGGGAACGUUCCCUACUGGUCUGGCCCUGGCAAUUGAGAAGAAGAGCAGAAGGAUAGAGAUUUCACUCUACUGCCUUGCUCGUGCACUUGAGAGUUUCGUCACGUGCAUGGUCGAUGUUGGGUAUUUGCCUCGGUCUAAAAAUUUAAAGAGAGCCGAUGUGGUGAUUUUUAGCAUGGCAACUGCAAUUAUCAUGCAUUGUUAUGCUAUAGAGAGGGAUGUCUUCCGAUCCAAGUACUUGAAUGUUCUUGAUUGGGUGUUUGGUGUGCCUCUUCCCCCCUAUGAAACCACUCCUCGCAAGAACAGGAGAAUCGAUUCCAGCUAGCUAUUAUGCGUUGGUAUGCCAUGCCUCAUCACCACAAGGAACAGUCUCAUGUUGUGAUGAAUAAUGGAUUAUUCCUUUUUCCCUUUGAAUUUAAGAUGGUUGACGUUAGUAUACCAUUCUUUUUCGUGAGAAACGUCUGUAAACAAAUUUAUCUUUAUACACCAUAGUGCCACAGCAAAUCUACUCUGAAGCGUAAUAUUAACCGCUCUUGAGAAAUUCAUAUUUCGUCAAGGCCUUCUAAAA